CAGACGGGGGAGGAGGAGGAGGACAGCGAGGAUGAGAGGAGGGCAGCUGAGGAUCGAGCGGAUGAUGAUCACAACGAUAUGCCGACCAUGGGCGUGCAGAGCGAGGUGGAGCGAGCCAGGGGCAAGAUGAGGGGGGAGAAGGCCGUUGAUGAGGACAACACUCCUGGCGAGGACGACGACGACGACGACGACGACGAGGACGCGGACAUUGGAACCUCUCUUGAUGGGGGGUUGAUGGUCGGUGGCGGUCGAGGCCAAGAGGGGGCAGCCAGAGCGAUGAUGGAGGCAAGGGGAUCGCAAAAGCGAAAGAGGAAGGCAAAAACUACUGUCACGGGAGCUCCACGGGCACCCACUGUGACGAAGAAGAGCAAAGUCCUUCGACAUAUUUCCAUGGUCGAGGCCUUCAAUCCCGUUUGGCAACGUGAUUUUUCCAACUACUUCCUGCAGUGGUACUACGUAAGCGGCAUUCCAUUUGAGGCGGCGAGGAGGGCAAAGUACCACAGAAUGAGGAAGCACUUGCUUGAGUGUCCGUUGUACACACAUCCUGCGUUGCCCAUGCACUGUGAGAUUUCGGGCAACGGCAUCCCUGAGCAGUAGCGAGUUGUGGCUGAGUUCGUGGCGACCGUUGUAGGGGCCGUA